GGCUGUAGUAAAGCCUCAACAGUUUAGAAAUGCAUUCCCUAUCCUCAGGGAAUUUAGAGAAUAAAUCAUCCAAAAGGCUAGAUUCUGGAGUACUAUUCUUGUGGGUGCAGAUUUAAUAUUUGUUUAGACAAGAUUUAUCAACAUGCAGGAUAAAAGCAGUGGAGUUCCCUGUGUCAACACUUCUUUAAAAGAGCUGCAGAAGAUUUUGUAUGGCGGUAAAAGAUUUGGGAACCACGCGGAUGAAGUUUGGCCAAACCUCUUCAUCGGGGACAUGUCCGUUGCUAACGACCGCUACAGUCUGUGGAAGCUGGGAAUUACUCACGUUGUGAACGCAGCUCAUGGGAGGAUGUACUGUCAGGGGAGUCAUGACUUUUAUGGCGCCACAGUGGAAUAUUAUGGAGUCCCUGCUGAUGACUCGCCAACUUUUGACCUUUCUCGCUAUUUCUUUCCGGCUGCAGAGUAUAUUCACACCUCACUCAACACAAAUGGUGCUCGUGUUUUAGUGCACUGUGCAGUUGGAGUGAGCCGGUCGGCCUCGCUGGUCUUGGCCUACCUCAUGAUCUACCAUGCCUACACCCUGCUGGAAGCCAUCAACAAGGUCAAAGAGAGCAGGUGGAUUUUUCCAAACAGAGGUUUUCUCAGGCAGCUGUGUGCUUUGGAUCUGAAACUACAAAAGGCUCCUGCUCAACCUACAGGGAAUUGAGCAUCAGAAUGAAUAAUGCAGUGUGUACUUGCCAGUAGAGGAAAAUGCAGAGCCGGCCAGGGGCAUAAGCAAACUAGGCAAGGCAAGGCAAAUUUAUUUAUAUAGCACAUUUCAGUACAGAGACAAUGCAAAGUGCUUUACA